AUGCCUACUGCUACAAAGCAACACUUUCCAAAUUUAGUUGCAAUAUCUGACUGUGUGGAAUUUAGUACCCAGGUCCCGAGAGCUCCAUUGCCUGGGAAGCAACUAUUUAGUAACUAUAAAAACUGUCACACAGUGAAAGUUAUGUACACGACAGCUCCAAAUGGUGCUCUGAUUCAUUGUUCAGAUGCGUAUGGAGGAAAUAGUUCUGAUAAAGAAAUAUUUUCCCAAAGUGACUUAUCAAUGAGACUAAAGCCUCAUGAUGGACUAAUGGUUGACAAAGGAUUUUUAAUAAAAUAUUGUAUACAAGGAAAGGACAUUCAGUUGUAUAGACCGCCUUUUUUGUCAGAAAAAUUAAAACAGUUUGAUGCCUCUGACCGCGAAUCUGGAAGACUUAUUGCAAGGUCAAGAAUUGUAGUUGAGAAUUUUAAUGCACGCUUAAGCUAUUUUGCAUUUUUAAAACAAAAGAAAAUUCCAAUACUUUAUUUACCAAUUAUGAAUGAGCUAAGUUUUGUUUGUGGGUUUUUAGCCAACCUAGGUCCUUUAGUAAGAAAUGUUCAAACCACUCAGUCAGUAGUAGAACAAAAUGAGGAAGUAUGA